AACCCAUAGUCUCAUUCUCAGAAAAACCAAAAAAAAAAAAAAAACAAAACAAAAACAAAACCCACAGUCUACUCAGCAAAGAAAACCAAACUCACACUACUCUUCUCCACUCUCAGCGAAGAAAACCAUACCAGCUCUGCCUCAGAUGAACUCCAACAACCAGCUCUCAGACUCCAACCACCAAAGCCUCGAGUCAGUCUCCUCCAUCGACAAGCCCGAGACGUCCGCCUUAUCUGACACCUGCAGCGUCACGACUAGCCGUUCAACUCAUUCCGACGGAGAGGUGAUACUAGCUUCCAGCAGGCCGAAGAAGCGAGCCGGGAGGCGUGUGUUCAAGGAGACUCGCCACCCGGUCUACCGCGGUGUGAGGCGGAGGAACAACAACAAGUGGGUGUGCGAGGUCAGGGAGCCCAACAAGAAGACCAGGAUUUGGCUGGGGACGUACCCGACUGCCGAGAUGGCGGGUCGGGCACACGACGUGGCUGCAUUGGCCCUUAGGGGGAAGCAGGCAUGCCUCAAUUUCGCUGAUUCCGCUUGGCGCUUGCCCGUUCCGGCUUCCAAAGACCAGCUCGACAUCCGCAGGGCCGCCGCCGAGGCUGCCGAGACAUUUCGGCCUGAGGAGUUCGGCGGCGUCUCAAGCAGCUGCGACGACAACGAGAGGGAACAUGAGAAUGAGAAAGCUGCGACGGACAACGAGAAGGAGAAUGGCUUCUUCGAGGAUGAUGAGGCCGUCUUCGACAUGCCCAGGUUGCUGACUAAUAUGGCGGAGGGUCUACUACUAUCUCCCCCUCGUCAUUACUUGGACGGUGUGAACCGGGGCGACGAUGACGUGGAAAGCGGGUCCAGUCUCAACCUGUGGAGCUACUCAAUAUGAGUGGAUGUGGAUUGCUGUGGAAACAUGUAGUCACCAAGACGACAUGUGUCGAGUCAUUAAGGUCGACAGGUGUCCUGUUUGCUUUUAAGAUUGCAAUUUUCUUUCUGUCGCUAGAUAUUUGUUUCCUCCAGUUGGCGCGUCAUAUCAGGAUUUUGGAUUUAGUAAGAUGAUGCACAAAGUUUCUAAAUAUGAUCUAGUUAUUUUUGGUCGAGAA